GGCUAAGGCACGACACACAGAGUUGCUCGCAACCAGUCCAUCCUGGAGCUCUGCAGUGAUCUCCAGGGAAGAGCUUGCAGAGGUAGAAAGAUGGCUCUGCUGAGAUGGGUUCUUAAUUAAUGCACUGAGAGCCUGUGAGUCCCACCUCUCAACAGGAAUGAUUGACGUCCAAGGAUACAUAAAUUACACUAAUUGAGCUCUGCCUCUAUGUAGGCUUUCCACAGCCAACUCAUCAGAGAAGCUAGGCUUGAACCACACUGAUAUCUUUGGUUUGGUGACUCAAGCAAUCUGCCACCCAACUGAGGAACAAUAUACCUUUGGAUCUAAGGCUUCUCUAAGACAAAGAGAUUUGGAAUUUCAGCGAAGGCAAAGGAGCUGAAGACCUCUUUGUAGAAGAGAAGUUUGAAUUGCUAGCCCCCUAUCAGCACGAGGAGGUGUCUUUUUGAACAACAACGUGAUCCCAAAGAAGAGGUCUUCAUUCAAGACCGACUCCGCAUCUCUAUUGUGUCCAGCAUUUGACUCGUGUACUGGGAUGGUCUCCUAGGAGAGCUAAUGCAUAUGGACUGCACUUUGGAAGAAAGGACAGUGAGACUUGAACUCUAAGCGUGGAUGUUCUAGCAACCAGACCGAUGUGCCCAGAGAAGGAAUGAAGUAUGGAUGUGAAAGAACGUAGGCCUUACUGCUCCUUGACCAAGAGCAGACGAGAGAAAGAACGGCGGUACACAAACUCGUCUGCGGACAAUGAGGAGUGUAGGGUCCCCACUCAGAAGUCCUACAGCUCCAGCGAAACCCUGAAAGCUUUUGAUCAUGAUUCUUCACGGCUGCUUUAUGGAAACAGAGUAAAGGAUCUGGUCCACAGAGAAGCAGACGAGUAUACUAGACAAGGACAGAAUUUUACCCUAAGGCAGUUAGGAGUGUGUGAAUCCGCAACUCGAAGAGGAGUGGCAUUCUGUGCGGAAAUGGGGCUCCCUCACAGAGGCUACUCCAUCAGUGCAGGGUCAGAUGCUGAUACGGAAAACGAAGCAGUGAUGUCCCCAGAGCAUGCCAUGAGACUUUGGGGCAGGGGGGUCAAAUCAGGCCGCAGUUCCUGCCUGUCAAGCCGGUCCAACUCAGCCCUCACCCUGACAGACACAGAGCACGAGAACAAGUCGGACAGUGAGAGUGAGCAACCUGCAAACAACCAAGGGCAAUCUACCCUGCAGCCUCUGCCACCUUCCCACAAGCCGCACUCCGCGCAGCCUCAUCCAUCUAUCACUUCUCUCAAUAGAAACUCCCUGACCAAUAGAAGGAACCAGAGUCCGGCCCCGCCGGCUGCUUUGCCCGCCGAGCUGCAAACCACACCCGAGUCCGUCCAGCUGCAGGACAGCUGGGUCCUUGGCAGUAAUGUACCACUGGAAAGCAGGCAUUUCCUAUUCAAAACAGGGACAGGGACGACGCCACUGUUCAGUACGGCAACCCCGGGUUACACGAUGGCAUCUGGCUCUGUUUAUUCACCGCCUACCCGGCCACUUCCUAGAAACACCCUAUCGAGAGGUGCUUUUAAAUUCAAGAAGUCUUCCAAGUACUGCAGCUGGAGAUGCACCGCACUGUGCGCUGUAGGGGUCUCGGUGCUCCUGGCCAUACUCCUGUCUUAUUUUAUAGCAAUGCAUCUAUUUGGCCUCAACUGGCACUUACAGCAGACUGAGAAUGACACAUUUGAGAAUGGAAAAGUGAAUUCUGACAUCAUGCCAACAAACACUGUAUCAUUACCUCCUGGCGACAAUGGAAAAUUAGGUGGAUUUACACAUGAAAAUAACACCAUAGAUUCUGGAGAACUUGAUAUUGGCCGGAGAGCAAUUCAAGAGGUUCCCCCUGGGAUCUUCUGGAGAUCACAACUCUUUAUUGAUCAGCCACAGUUUCUUAAGUUCAACAUCUCUCUUCAGAAGGAUGCAUUGAUCGGAGUAUAUGGCCGGAAAGGCUUACCACCUUCCCAUACGCAGUACGAUUUUGUGGAGCUUCUGGAUGGCAGCAGGUUAAUAGCAAGAGAACAGCGGAAUCUGGUGGAAUCUGAAAGAGCCGGGCGACAGGCAAGAUCCAUCAGCCUUCACGAAGCUGGUUUUAUCCAGUACUUGGAUUCUGGCAUCUGGCAUCUGGCUUUUUACAACGAUGGUAAAAAUCCAGAGCCGGUGUCUUUUAAUACCAUCAUUAUAGAAUCUGUGGUGGAAUGCCCCCGAAAUUGCCAUGGAAAUGGAGAAUGUGUUUCUGGAACUUGCCAUUGUUUCCCAGGGUUUCUGGGUCCGGAUUGUUCAAGAGCAGCCUGUCCAGUGCUCUGUAGUGGCAAUGGGCAGUACUCCAAGGGCCGCUGCCUGUGUUUCAGUGGCUGGAAGGGCACCGAGUGUGAUGUGCCGACUACCCAGUGCAUUGACCCGCAGUGUGGGGGUCGUGGGAUUUGCAUCAUGGGCUCUUGCGCUUGCAACUCGGGAUACAAAGGAGAAAAUUGUGAAGAAGCGGACUGUCUUGACCCUGGAUGUUCUAAUCAUGGGGUGUGUAUCCAUGGGGAAUGUCACUGCAAUCCAGGAUGGGGUGGCAGCAACUGUGAAAUACUGAAGACCAUGUGUCCAGACCAGUGCUCCGGCCAUGGGACAUACCUUCAAGAAAGCGGCUCCUGCACUUGUGAUCCGAAUUGGACUGGCCCAGACUGCUCAAAUGAAAUAUGUUCAGUGGACUGCGGCUCACAUGGUGUUUGUAUGGGAGGCACUUGUCGCUGUGAGGAAGGCUGGACCGGACCAGCAUGCAGUCAGAGAGCUUGCCACCCUCGCUGUGCUGAACAUGGGACCUGUAAGGACGGCAAGUGUGAAUGCAGCCAGGGAUGGAAUGGAGAGCAUUGUACGAUUGCUCACUAUUUGGAUAAGAUAGUUAAAGCAGACAAGAUAGGAUAUAAAGAGGGUUGCCCCGGUUUGUGUAACAGCAAUGGAAGGUGUACACUGGACCAAAACGGCUGGCAUUGUGUUUGUCAGCCAGGAUGGAGAGGAGCAGGCUGUGAUGUAGCCAUGGAGACCCUGUGCACAGACAGCAAGGACAAUGAAGGAGACGGACUUGUUGACUGCAUGGACCCUGAUUGCUGCCUACAGAGUUCCUGCCAAAGUCAGCCCUACUGCCGGGGCUUGCCUGAUCCUCAGGAUAUCAUUAGCCAAAGUCUGCAGACACCAUCUCAGCAAGCUGCCAAGUCCUUCUAUGAUCGAAUCAGUUUCCUGAUUGGAUCGGAUAGCACCCAUGUGCUCCCUGGAGAAAGCCCUUUCAAUAAGAGCCUUGCAUCCGUCAUCCGAGGCCAAGUCCUAACUGCUGAUGGAACCCCACUUAUUGGCGUCAACGUCUCGUUUUUACAUUACUCAGAAUAUGGAUAUACUAUUACCCGCCAGGAUGGAAUGUUUGACUUGGUGGCAAAUGGUGGCGCGUCUCUGACUUUGGUGUUUGAACGCUCCCCAUUCCUCACUCAGUACCACACUGUGUGGAUUCCGUGGAAUGUCUUUUAUGUAAUGGAUACACUUGUCAUGAAGAAAGAAGAGAAUGACAUUCCCAGCUGUGAUCUCAGUGGGUUUGUGAGGCCAAGUCCCAUCAUUGUGUCAUCACCCUUAUCCACCUUCUUCAGAACUUCUCCCGAAGACAGCCCCAUCAUCCCCGAGACACAGGUCCUACAUGAAGAAACCACAAUUCCAGGAACAGAUCUGAGGCUUUCCUACCUGAGUUCCAGAGCCGCAGGGUACAAGUCAGUUCUUAAGAUCACCAUGACCCAGGCCGUCAUACCAUUUAACCUCAUGAAGGUCCAUCUGAUGGUAGCUGUGGUUGGGAGACUGUUCCAGAAGUGGUUUCCUGCCUCACCAAACCUGGCCUACACCUUUAUCUGGGAUAAGACAGAUGCAUAUAAUCAGAAAGUCUAUGGCCUGUCGGAAGCAGUUGUAUCAGUUGGAUAUGAAUAUGAGUCGUGUUUGGACCUGACUCUGUGGGAAAAGCGGACUGCUGUUUUGCAAGGCUACGAGUUGGAUGCUUCCAACAUGGGUGGCUGGACAUUGGAUAAGCAUCAUGUACUGGAUGUUCAGAAUGGUAUACUGUAUAAAGGAAAUGGGGAAAAUCAGUUCAUCUCCCAGCAGCCUCCAGUGGUCAGUAGCAUCAUGGGCAAUGGUCGGAGGCGCAGCAUCUCAUGCCCAAGUUGCAAUGGCCAAGCUGAUGGGAACAAACUGCUGGCACCAGUAGCACUAGCUUGUGGGAUCGAUGGCAGUCUAUAUGUAGGGGAUUUCAACUAUGUUCGACGGAUAUUCCCUUCUGGGAAUGUAACAAGUGUUUUAGAACUAAGAAAUAAAGAUUUUAGACAUAGUAGCAACCCAGCUCACAGAUACUACCUGGCUACAGAUCCGGUCACAGGAGAUUUGUACGUUUCCGAUACAAACACCCGCAGGAUUUAUCGCCCCAAAUCACUCACGGGAGCAAAAGACUUGACUAAGAACGCUGAAGUGGUUGCUGGGACCGGGGAACAAUGCCUUCCUUUUGACGAGGCAAGGUGUGGAGAUGGAGGGAAGGCUGUGGAGGCAACUCUCAUGAGUCCCAAAGGAAUGGCGAUUGAUAAGAAUGGACUGAUCUACUUUGUUGAUGGAACCAUGAUCAGAAAGGUUGAUCAAAAUGGAAUCAUAUCAACUCUCUUGGGGUCCAAUGACCUGACGUCAGCCAGGCCUUUAACCUGUGACACCAGCAUGCAUAUCAGCCAGGUACGUCUGGAAUGGCCCACUGACCUUGCCAUUAACCCCAUGGAUAACUCCAUUUAUGUCCUGGAUAAUAAUGUAGUUUUACAGAUCACCGAAAACCGUCAAGUCCGCAUCGCUGCUGGGCGGCCCAUGCAUUGCCAAGUCCCAGGCGUGGAAUAUCCCGUGGGGAAGCAUGCAGUCCAGACCACACUGGAAUCAGCUACUGCCAUUGCUGUGUCUUACAGUGGGGUCCUUUACAUUACCGAAACUGAUGAGAAGAAAAUUAACCGAAUAAGGCAGGUCACAACAGAUGGGGAAAUCUCCUUGGUGGCUGGAAUACCUUCAGAGUGUGACUGUAAAAAUGAUGCCAACUGUGACUGCUAUCAGAGUGGAGAUGGCUAUGCCAAAGAUGCCAAACUGAAUGCACCGUCCUCCCUAGCCGCCUCUCCAGAUGGCACACUGUACAUUGCAGAUCUGGGGAAUAUUCGGAUCCGGGCAGUGUCAAAGAAUAAGCCUUUACUUAACUCUAUGAACUUUUAUGAAGUUGCCUCUCCGACUGAUCAAGAACUCUACAUCUUCGACAUCAAUGGCACUCACCAGUACACCGUGAGCUUAGUCACCGGUGACUACCUGUAUAAUUUUAGCUACAGCAAUGACAACGACAUCACUGCUGUAACAGACAGCAAUGGCAAUACCCUCCGAAUACGAAGGGAUCCGAAUCGGAUGCCAGUCCGGGUGGUGUCUCCGGAUAACCAAGUGAUAUGGUUGACCAUAGGCACCAAUGGAUGUCUGAAAAGCAUGACCGCUCAAGGACUGGAACUAGUUUUGUUUACUUACCAUGGCAACAGUGGGCUUUUAGCUACCAAAAGUGAUGAAACUGGAUGGACAACAUUUUUUGACUAUGACAGUGAAGGUCGCCUAACGAAUGUUACAUUUCCAACCGGAGUGGUUACCAACCUACAUGGGGAUAUGGACAAGGCUAUCACAGUGGACAUUGAGUCAUCCAGCCGAGACGAAGACGUCAGCAUCACUUCAAAUUUGUCCUCAAUCGAUUCUUUCUACACCAUGGUUCAAGACCAGUUAAGAAACAGUUACCAGAUUGGUUACGACAGCUCCCUUAGAAUCAUCUAUGCCAGUGGUCUAGACUCACACUACCAGACGGAACCCCACGUUCUGGCUGGCACUGCGAAUCCCACAGUGGCCAAAAGAAACAUGACUCUUCCUGGUGAGAACGGACAGAAUCUGGUAGAAUGGAGAUUCCGAAAAGAACAAGCCCAAGGCAAAGUCAACGUGUUUGGCCGAAAGCUCAGGGUCAAUGGACGAAACCUCCUUUCAGUUGACUUUGAUCGGACCACCAAGACGGAAAAGAUCUACGAUGACCACCGGAAAUUUCUACUGAGGAUCGCUUAUGACACAUCGGGACACCCAACUCUCUGGCUGCCUAGUAGCAAGCUGAUGGCUGUCAAUGUCACCUACUCAUCCACGGGUCAGAUUGCCAGCAUCCAGCGAGGAACUACUAGUGAAAAAGUGGAUUAUGAUGGACAGGGGAGGAUUGUGUCUCGGGUCUUUGCUGAUGGUAAAACAUGGAGUUACACAUACUUAGAAAAGUCCAUGGUUCUCCUGCUCCAUAGCCAGCGGCAGUACAUCUUUGAAUACGAUAUGUGGGACCGCCUCUCUGCCAUCACCAUGCCCAGUGUGGCUCGCCACACCAUGCAGACCAUCCGGUCCAUUGGCUACUACCGCAAUAUCUACAACCCCCCAGAAAGCAAUGCCUCUAUCAUCACGGACUACAAUGAGGAAGGGCUGCUUUUGCAAACAGCUUUCCUGGGAACAAGUCGGAGGGUCUUAUUCAAGUAUAGAAGGCAGACCAGGCUAUCAGAAAUUUUAUACGAUAGCACAAGAGUCAGUUUUACCUAUGAUGAAACAGCAGGGGUCCUAAAAACAGUAAACCUUCAGAGUGAUGGUUUUAUUUGCACCAUUAGAUACAGGCAAAUUGGCCCCUUGAUUGACAGACAGAUUUUCCGCUUUAGUGAAGACGGAAUGGUAAAUGCAAGAUUUGACUAUAGCUAUGACAACAGCUUUCGAGUGACCAGCAUGCAGGGUGUCAUCAAUGAAACUCCACUGCCCAUUGAUCUAUACCAGUUUGAUGACAUUUCUGGCAAAGUUGAGCAGUUUGGAAAAUUUGGAGUUAUAUACUAUGACAUCAACCAGAUCAUUUCCACUGCCGUAAUGACUUAUACGAAACACUUUGAUGCUCAUGGCCGCAUCAAGGAGAUUCAAUAUGAGAUAUUCAGGUCACUCAUGUACUGGAUUACAAUUCAAUAUGAUAAUAUGGGCCGGGUAACCAAGAGAGAGAUUAAAAUAGGGCCCUUUGCCAACACUACCAAAUAUGCUUAUGAAUAUGAUGUUGAUGGACAGCUCCAAACAGUUUACCUAAAUGAAAAGAUCAUGUGGAGGUACAACUACGACCUGAAUGGAAACCUCCACCUGCUGAAUCCCAGCAGCAGCGCACGCUUGACGCCUCUUCGAUACGACCUUCGGGACAGAAUCACACGUCUGGGCGAUGUUCAGUACCGGUUGGAUGAAGAUGGCUUCCUUCGUCAGAGAGGCACAGAAAUCUUUGAAUACAGCUCCAAGGGGCUUCUGACUCGAGUUUACAGUAAAGGCAGUGGCUGGACAGUGAUCUAUAGGUAUGAUGGCCUGGGACGGCGUGUUUCCAGCAAAACCAGCCUGGGACAACACCUUCAGUUUUUUUAUGCUGACCUGACAUACCCCACUAGGAUUACUCAUGUCUAUAACCAUUCCAGUUCAGAAAUCACUUCCCUCUACUACGAUCUCCAAGGACAUCUUUUUGCCAUGGAGAUCAGCAGUGGGGAUGAGUUCUACAUCGCCUCAGAUAACACGGGGACACCACUGGCUGUGUUUAGUAGCAAUGGGCUUAUGCUGAAACAGAUUCAGUACACUGCCUAUGGCGAAAUCUACUUUGACUCCAAUAUUGACUUUCAGCUGGUAAUUGGAUUCCAUGGAGGCUUGUAUGACCCACUCACCAAAUUAAUCCACUUUGGAGAAAGAGAUUAUGACAUUUUGGCAGGACGAUGGACAACACCAGAUAUUGAAAUCUGGAAAAGGAUUGGAAAGGACCCGGCUCCGUUUAACCUGUAUAUGUUUCGGAAUAACAACCCUGCAAGCAAAAUCCAUGAUGUGAAAGACUACAUCACAGAUGUUAACAGCUGGCUGGUGACAUUUGGCUUCCAUCUGCACAAUGCUAUUCCUGGAUUCCCUGUUCCCAAAUUCGAUUUAACAGAACCUUCGUACGAGCUUGUGAAGAGCCAGCAAUGGGAUGAUGUGCCGCCCAUUUUUGGAGUUCAGCAGCAAGUGGCAAGGCAAGCCAAGGCUUUCCUGUCCCUGGGGAAGAUGGCCGAGGUGCAGGUGAGCAGACGCAAGACGGGCGGUGAGCAGUCCUGGCUGUGGUUUGCCACAGUCAAGUCGCUCAUCGGCAAGGGCGUCAUGCUAGCCGUGAGCCAGGGGCGUGUGCAGACCAACGUGCUCAACAUCGCCAACGAGGACUGCAUCAAGGUGGCCGCGGUGCUCAACAAUGCCUUCUACCUGGAGAACCUACACUUCACCAUCGAGGGUAAGGACACUCACUACUUCAUCAAGACCACCACGCCCGAGAGCGACCUGGGCACGCUGCGGCUGACGAGUGGCCGCAAGGCGCUGGAGAAUGGCAUCAAUGUGACGGUGUCGCAGUCUACCACAGUGGUAAACGGCAGGACUCGCAGGUUCGCCGAUGUGGAGAUGCAGUUCGGUGCUUUGGCGCUGCACGUGCGCUACGGCAUGACGCUGGAUGAGGAGAAGGCGCGCAUCCUGGAGCAGGCUCGCCAGCGCGCUCUCGCCCGGGCCUGGGCGCGCGAACAGCAGCGCGUGCGCGACGGCGAAGAGGGCGCGCGCCUCUGGACGGAGGGCGAGAAGCGGCAGCUACUGAGCGCCGGCAAGGUGCAAGGCUAUGAUGGGUACUACGUACUGUCGGUGGAACAGUACCCUGAGCUGGCUGACAGCGCCAAUAACAUCCAGUUCCUGCGACAAAGCGAGAUCGGCAAGAGGUAACCCCCGGGCCACCCCUGCACAGAGUCUCCUGUAGCACAAUCUGAAGCGGACUCUCCAAAGAGCCUUCCAGAACGACACUGCUCUGCAGACACACACACCACAGACACACAUGCGACACAAACCAGAAACAAAGACAACUUUUUUCUGAAUGACCUUAAAGGUGAUCGGCUUUAAAGAAUAUGUUUACAUAUGCAUAUCGCUGCACUCAUUUGGACUGGAAGUAUAAGAAGGAAAAAAAAAAAAGCAUUAACGAGGCCACGUUUUGCCGUGGCCCUCUGUACCCUUCGAGACACUGUAUUUAAGAAAGGUUUUAAAAAGAAAAAAGAAAAAAAAUGCGUACAAUGUUUCCAGAUAUUACUGAAUUGUCGACCUUUGCUUACAGGAAGUAAUCUCUACUUAGGAUGUGAUAUACAUAGAUCUGUUCACUUUAAAAUGUGGGGCAAAGUUACUGUUUAUAGAACCCAACUGCUUUCCCGUGCUGCUUUGUAAAAGGACAUCGGCACCAGGGACGUCUGCUUCGGCGGGGAUUUAAUAAUGGAUUUUACUAACAUGGCUUACCCUGGGAGGGAAAAACUGACAAAUAGAAUCCUUGUCACUGAUAAGCAAAGGAAACCCUGAUUUUUUUGUAAAUUAUGUGAGACAAGUUGUUUAUGGAUUUUUAUAUGAAUUACAAUUUACUGUACAUCAAAUAUUAGUCUCAGAGGAGUUAAUUUAUGUAAAGUGUUUAAAAAGUUUAUACUUAAAAAUAAAACGAUAAAAACAUGUGAACUGUGUGAUUUUUUUAAAAGGAUUGCACCUUUUGUUAUCUGUUAUAACUGUACAGUAUAACUUAUUAUAUUGUAGAGAUAUAACAACUUAUGCCUAUAAUGUCCAGAAGUGUUAAUAUUUUUGUAUUAGGUUAAAAAACAAAACAAAACAAUGUGCAACUUUCUAUCACGUAGAUGGAUAGGACUGUGCAAUCCUAAAUGGGUGGCUAAUCAGAGAACUCCUUUCUCUUCCUUCUCUUUCUCAUCUAGCCAAUGUCCUCAACCAUGGUCAAUCAAGAGGCACAGUAGAUACCCAAGGCUGGUGAAUGUGACAGAAGAUAUGGGGAGGGGGAACAAACCAAAAACAACACAAGGGGGAGAACUGGUUCUCUGACCCUCUCUAGACCCUAAAAGUCAAGCUGACUUAAUUGACCAGAGCUUGUAAUAUUGUAUUAUUGUCCCUCAAUGCUCCAUUGCACGAUGGAUGGAUGGAGGGAAGAGACCACAAUCUGAUGCUCGGAAACAUUUGUGGGGAGGGAAGGAUUUUGAUGUCAUGGUAACCAUGAACGUGUAUCUUAAUGUCUAGGAGAGAUAGCAGACACCGAGCAAUAGUGAGCCAGGGGACCCAGCCUGACAAGGUCACCCUCAUGAGUCUUGGAGUUGGACCCUUCGGUCAGCAAGUGGGACCAAUCAGGAAGGCAAGCUCCUGUAAGCCCACAUGGCCCCACCAUCACAGGGCCUUAUUUGAGUGGCAGCCUGUGCUGGCCAGGGGAAGCCUGGGGUGGUGGGUGGUGUAGGAAAGAAACUGACAUCAGUACCCCUGACUGCAAGCUUGGGGUUCCACCACAGAUACCACCUGCACUUCUUGUGCCAACCCAGCCGCUCUGACGAAUCUUUCGUGAGCACUGAAUUCAGCCACACACACACACACAAAAAAAAAAAAUAUUUUUAGAAGAUAUUUCUCAGUUCAUUGAGCUAUAGUAUGCACUGUUUUCCUCUAUGUAUAAUGGUGAUAAAUAUAGCAAGUGAACAUGUCGUAAAUAUAAAGGUUCAAGUGAUGUAUUGAAAAUAAUUUUCUAACUGCUUUGUAUGUAUCACAUACUCUAAACUGCACAGUAGGCGUGUUAUCGAACAUUGGCUGGGAAAGCUUCGAAAUAGCUACUGAAUUUACAGUCUCAGUGCUAUUCCUGUCGCUGUGUAUGUGGUAGAGAUUACCGGAGUAAUUAAUCUUCUAAUGAAUGCUGAUAUUUUAUUAGAAUGAAAGCACAGAUUAGCAUUAAUAUUUUUUAUCCUGGAAAUCCUUUGGCAAGUACUAGGAAGCCCAAAUUUAGAAAACUAUGAGAUUUCAAACCACGUAAACAUGGCUCUGUUUGACAUUUUAUUUUCUAACUGUUAACUUAGGUGUUCGCAGUUCUGUUGACUGGGACGUCGGCAGGACUGCAUUUAGCAUGCUGUAAGUACUUUUGGGUGAAAUAGGCUCCAAGUCUAAAUUCUCAGAAAUGUCUGUGAUGUAUUGGCCAUGAAAAGCAUACCACAUGGCGGAAGUGAAAUUGUACUCUUACCAUCUUCUCACCGUGGACUGGUCUUUACAGGGGCACCAAUAAAUGACAGAUUUGGAGAGUCUCCUGGUGCUUAUUUUAGAAGAAGUCAAAUCAACCCAAUUAGUGUCUUGUUAGUACGUAUAAUGAGCCUAUUUCUUUCUAAAAAGGCUUGUGGUCUGGACGUGCUUUUACAAGAAAUAGUGACCUUGGGGAAUAUGUAAACACACGAGAUCUUUUUCUAAGAGUUGGGGGGAGGGAGGUUGGGGGACUGUAUAAUGACAAGAAUUAGCUUACAAAAACAAAAGAAAUUGAUAUUCAAAGUAUUUUAGGCAAAGCCAGUCAAAAUGCUUUCAUGAUAUUUUGAGAUGUAAAUUUUUGUCUGAUUUGUAUUGUUCUUUUCAUUUGCCUUCUUAACUUUAUAUGUGACCUGAAUUUUCCAUAACUUGAUGACUAUAGAUUGCAUCUAGGCAUUCCAAUAAAAGCCAACCCAAUGUG